CUCUUUUUUCUUUUUUUCCCUUUUUUUUUUUCUUUUUUUAUCUUCUUUAUAUUAGCAAAAGAUGAAUGGAUUAAAAGGGAUAGAACCGCAUAAAGUCACCAAAGUAUCUGCAAAAGACGGAAAAACAGGCCAAGAAAUUCAGCUUCACUAUACCAAAUAUAAAAUUGCUGGAAAUGGAUCAUUUGGUGUUGUUUAUCAAGCAAAGUUGUUACAAACAGGUGAGGAUGUUGCCAUAAAGAAAGUCCUGCAAGAUAAGCGAUUCAAGAACCGUGAGUUACAAAUCAUGAAGAGUGUGACCCAUCAAAAUGUAGUGGCCUUAAAAGCCUUUUUUUAUUCCCAGGGCGACUCAAAGAAGGAUGAGGUCUAUUUGAAUCUGGUUUUGGAAUACGUACCUGAAACAUUGUAUCGUGCAACAAGACACUAUGCAAAGUCCAAACAGUCUAUGCCAUCUCUCUAUGUUAAAUUAUACACGUACCAAAUAUUGCGUUCAUUGGCCUAUAUACAUUCUGUUGGCAUAUGUCAUCGUGAUAUCAAGCCUCAAAAUUUGCUUUUAGAUCCAGCCACAGGUGUAGUUAAGCUCUGUGAUUUCGGAAGCGCAAAAAUACUAUUACCCGAUGAGCCCAAUGUAUCAUACAUUUGCUCUCGUUAUUAUCGCGCUCCCGAGUUAAUAUUUGGAGCCACAAAUUACACCGUGACAAUUGAUGUUUGGUCUACUGGAUGUGUGAUGGCUGAAUUGAUGUUGUCUCAACCUCUAUUUCCAGGCGAGAGUGGUAUCGAUCAAUUAGUCGAGAUUAUCAAAGUAUUAGGUACACCUACUAAAGAGCAACUACUGUCUAUGAAUCCCAACUAUACAGAGCAUCGCUUCCCACAAAUAAAGCCUCACCCAUUUGCCAAGGUAUUCAAGCCAAAAACUUCACCUGAAGGCAUUGAUUUUGUAGCCUUAUUAUUACAAUACUCUCCUCUCAAGAGACUAUCUGCCAUCGAAGCUUUAGCCCAUCCUUAUUUUGAUGAAUUACGUGAUCCUACUACCAAAAUGUUAAAUGGCAAGGAUCUACCUAAACUAUUCAACUUUACAAAACACGAGCUUACCAUAAGACCCGAUCUUACCUCCAUAUUAGUACCACAGGCAUAAAUCAUAGAUUUAAACCCUUCCCCUCUGCUAUCCAUACCCUUCCUCAAACACACUAUUUUUUUUUUAAUGUAAUAUAUAUCUUUUUCUUUUUUUUUUUUUAUUAUUCCCUUUUACAAUUUUUUAGCUUUUCUUUCUGUCUCAAAGAUGAGAGCUCGCCAGAACUUCAUAACAAAUACCAAAGCAUCUUCAUCC